AUGAGCGCAGUAAUUACAGAAGUAGUCACUCACGUUGGACAAGUAUUAACAACCAGUGCAGAUGCAGGAAAAGUAUUCGGGUUAUUUGGGAAUGGGAUUGGGUGCAUAGUCACUAGUAGCACGGCAAUUAGUGUUGCCACAGCAGCAGUAGGUGUCUUAGUGCAUGUGGCCAUGAUGUGGUUUGAUAUUUCCCAGACAGCAACCCCAAAGAAUCCAAAUGUAGUCAUAAGCCUAGCAGACCUAACACGUGAAAGAUUCUCAGAUAUUUUACAAAUCGCAAAUAAUACCGUUAUUUCAUUAUCUUUAUUGCAGAAUAUAGGAAUAAUGAUAAUUUCCGUUAUUUCUGCAAUAUUCAUCCAUGUUAUGGUUACUUUCUCUCUGAUAGAGACCUCAUUGGCUGCAGGAAAAGUAGUUGGAAGGGUAGCUUCAGUGGCAGGAAUGAAAGAUGCAGUAGAGUACCCAGAAGAAGGGGCUGGUUUCAUGAGGGAAGAUGUAGAUGGUGAUACUCCUGGAUAUUUUUCAAUUAAAGUAUCCCGGGUGGGUAGAUUUGUCAGUAUAUUUUCAUUCUCAAAGUACGAGAUUCUUAUGAUGGCACUGAGGUCUUCAUGUCUUGUUGUAAUUGGGUUUGUUGUUAUGUGGCUUGGUUCUGUCUCAUUAGGAUAUCUACUACCUAGUCUAUUUGGUACUAUACUAAGACCAAAUUUAGUUGGGUUAAGUUCUUGGUCACUCAUGGGCUUAGAUGCUCUAACAGGCACUGAGUCUAUGGGUCUUGUAUCUGCCUUAUUCUCUGGAUUAAUUGAUUGGGCUACAACGGUCUAUCUGCUAUUUAUUGUUUUCUUUAAGAAUACGCAAUAUUUAACGAAUAUUAUUCUAUCCUUCAUUACUACUCUAUUUGUAAUACCUGCAUUCUACUCUCUUGCACGCCUUAGACCAAAGGAGUCUAUAAAGAGUACUGCUGACUCUGCUAUAUAUGUUGCUUGUGUUUUACUGUCAAUUUUCCUGGGGAUGGCUACUCUUAUUGUUAUGUUGUACCCUAUUCGUGUAAUUUCACUUGUAUUUCCGUUAAUUCAAAGAAUUUUGGAAUAUCCAUUGAGAGUCAUUGCAUGCACCUCCAGUAAAGCACUUGAUCAAAUUGAUGCUGUAAGAAUAAUUUCAUCAGGGAAUGUGCCUGUGUAA